AUGAGUUCGAAGUAUGACAAUCAGAGUUUUCUGUCAACAGGAUCAGAUAAAUAUGGUGAACAAGAAAAUUCUGUUUUAUUGCAUGAUGAAGAAGAUGAAUAUAUAAAUGAGAAUAAAAAGAAGAGAAAUGAACGUGAUAAGAAAUUUCGAUAUUACGAAAAUUUUUUUAAUAGAAGGAGAAGUAAAAAGUGGAAUUAUUUCAUAAUAUUUUUUUUAGGUGUAUGUUUAGGUUUUGCAAUAUGGCCAUUUUUUAUGACUAUAAUAACGUAUAGAUUAUUUUAUAAAGAUAAUUUUAAUAAUACAAAUUAUCGAACAAAUAAUUCUUCCACAUCUUUGAAAUCUUAUGGAAAUGAGAAAAAUAAGAAGAGCGAUAACAAUGGAAAAGUACCCAUGAAAGAUCAAUCUCCAAAUAAAGUAUCUCCACAUUUUAAACCUAUACGAUUUGAAGAAAUAGCAGGAAUAGAUGAAUCUAAAUUAGAAUUAUUAGAAGUAGUUGAUUUUAUAAAAAAUAGAGAAAAGUAUCAUGAAAUGGGUGCUAGAAUGCCAAAGGGUGUUUUAUUAGUUGGACCUCCUGGUUCAGGAAAAACCAUGUUAGCUAGAGCUGUAGCAACUGAAGCUAAUGUUCCAUAUAUUUAUACUUCUGGACCAGAAUUUAUAGAAAUAUAUGUAGGUCAAGGGGCUAAAAGAAUACGGCAGUUAUUUGCUCAUGCAAGAUCAGUUGCUCCAUCCAUUGUAUUUAUUGAUGAAAUUGAUGCAAUUGGUGGAAAGAGGAGUUCAGGAUCUGUUAACGGUGCAGGUCAAAGAGAACAUGAUCAAACAUUAAAUCAAUUAUUAGUUGAAAUGGAUGGAUUUAGUAAUACUGUACAUAUUAUGGUUAUAGGUGCGACAAACAGAAUUGAUACCUUAGACAGUGCUUUAUUACGACCAGGUAGAUUUGAUAGGAUCGUUUAUGUACCAUUACCCGAUAUUAAUGGAAGAAAGAAAAUUUUAGAAAUAUAUAUUAAAAAAAUUAAAAGUGAUUUAAAAUUAGAAGAUAUUGAAAAGAUAGCAAGAUUAACACCUGGGUUUUCUGGUGCAGAUUUAGAAAAUGUUGUAAAUGAGGCUACUAUUUUAGCUACAAGAAAUAAUAAAAGUUUAGUUACAAUUAAUGAAUUAUAUGAAGCCAGAGAUAAAGUUUCUAUGGGCCCAGAAAGAAAAUCAUUAAGACAAUCAGACCAUCAAAGAAGGAUAACAGCUUAUCAUGAAGCUGGUCAUGCUAUCGUUGCAUAUUUUCUUCAACCGAAAACAGAUCCAAUACAUAAGGCUACAAUUAUUUCAAGAGGUAAUGCUCUUGGAUAUGUUGAACAAAUUCCAGUUGAUGAUAGACAUAAUUAUUUUAAGAGUCAAAUGGAAGCAAAAUUAGCUGUUUGUAUGGGAGGUAGAACAGCUGAAGAAAUUGUUUUUGGUAAAUCAGAAACUAGUAGUGGUGCUUCAAGUGAUAUAUCUAGAGCUACCGAAAUUGCUUAUAAAAUGGUAACGGAAUGGGGUAUGUCUGAUAAAUUAGGACCAUUAAAUUAUAAAAAAAGAAUGGGAGAUGGUUAUUCGUCCAAUCGAUUAUCUGCUCAAACCGUUUCAUCCAUAGAAGUCGAAGUAAAGUCUUUAGUAGAAAAAGGAAAAAGCUUAUCAGAAGAAAUAUUAAGAAGACAUAGAAAAGAAUUAGAUAAUUUAGCUUUUGCAUUAUUAGAUAAAGAAACCUUAUCCGGAGAAGAAAUCAAAAAUAUUAUUGAUCCAAAUAAUUCCAAAAAUUAUUCAGGUAAGGUAGAAAUGUUAAAAAAUGAUACGAAGAAAAAUGAAAAAAAGAGUAACAGUGCAUCUAAAAAUAAAAGCACCAUUUCUGAGGAUUAUGACAAAAAAAAUAAAAAUAAUGUGGAACAAAAUUACCAAUCACAUGAUCAUACCUUAGUUAAAAAUGAAGGAAAUUUGAAUAAUAUGAAAAAUGAUACUGAUGACAAUAAUACGGUAGAUGGUCAAGUAAAUUCAGACUCAUUUGUAAAAAGAAAAGAAAUGACGGAUCAGGAUAUAAAUGGAAAAGAAUUAAGUGAGAUGGAUAAUAAAGAAAUGAAAGAAAAUAAAAAGUUAGAUGGAGAGGACUUAAAUAAAAUUAUUAUUGAUAACGAUAAAAUGGGUGAUAUGAAAAAGAAUAUAAAAGAAGUUAUUAAAAAAAUGAAAAAAAAACAAUCUAAAGGUUCUUACAAGACAUAUAAAAAUGUAUUGAAAUCUGUAAGUGAACACAAGGAAUUGAAAACUCAGAAGAAAGUGGAUGAAAAUAAAAUCUUGGCUCAUAAUAAUGAGAAGUCAUCUAAUAAUAGCUUGGAUAAAAAUAAUACACAAGGUUCAAUAGAUGAAAAGGGUUAUAAAAAUGAAAAUAAUAAUAAUAAUAAUAAUGACAAUAAUAAUAAUAUGGUAAAAAAUAUCAAUGAAUUGUUUGAGGAGAAUUUUCCUGAAUAUAAAAAAUAUGAUAAUGAAAAUAACGAUUUUGUAAAAACCAAAGAAAAUUACUUUGACAAUUUUAAUGAAGUAAUAGAUAUAUCUCAUAUAAAAAAUGUUGAUGAAAUGAAAAAGUUUAAUAUAUUUGAACAUAACUUAAAUAAAUUAUUUUUAUUUGACAUAUUUAAAAGUGACUAG